CAGCGUCCCGGUCUCCUCUCUUUCUCUAGCUCUCUCUCUCUCUCUCUUCCGCACAAGGAAUGCAGCGCAAAAGCACGACGCCACUGCGGCGUUCUGUUGAAGCUCGUCAAAGCAUGUUUUCAGGUGAAAAUCGUGCGUUGGACAAGCUUCCGUUCCGUCAUCAUGCUGUGAUGCCGGCCUGCGGUUGAGGUCGGUCCGCGACCCGUCCGAAACUGGGGAAGUUCAAGGUGGUGCGGCGGCAGCUGCUGCAGAGGUACGAACACCAACCCUUCGUCUCCUGCCUGGCCGGCCUCUACGGUUGCCAAUGGAGACGAUAUCAAAGAGCUCGAGCGCAGCCCGGAGAGUGCUGCUGCAACAAGGUGGAGAUGGUCAGUUUCGGCCUCCUGAUCCUCACCUUCUUCCUCAGUUUAGUUUUCCUGUAUUUCUGGAUUGAGGCUCAAAAUGACUACGACGACUUUGAAUGGUUCAACUUUGGCACUUUGGGGUUCUGGUUCCCCUGGUCGCUGGUUUUGCUGGGGGUGGCCGCGGCAAUCUUUACGUACAUCGCGCUCCUACUGGUGCUGGCUGUGUGUCUUCUCUCCGAGGGUCAACGUUUGUACCUUCACUGGAGUCACAAGAUUGGCAUCGCAGUGACUCUGGUUUUCUGCGUGGUUGCCAUGGCCGUCUUGUCCGACCUGUGGAGCAAAGAAUGGACCACGCUACUGCUUUCGCUUCAGGUGACGGCGCCGGUGCUCCACAUGGCCGCCGUUUUUCUCAUGGUCGUCAUCUCCUGGCCAGUCGCUUUACACUUUUUUCGCAUGAACAAGAGAGUGCGUCAAGUGUCUAUUCUGGCUCUCUACUUGUCCGGGUUGUUCUCCCUCUACUUGGUUCCUCUGGGGAUGUAUUCGCCAUGCAUUAAAGACGCAGGGACGCUGGGGGCACCGCCGACGCUCAUCGGACACCGGGGGGCGCCCACGUUGGCUCCAGAGAACACAAUUAUGUCCUUUGAGAAGGCUGUGGAGGCCGGAGGAGACGGAUUGGAGACUGACGUCUCCAUCAGUUAUGACGGCGUUCCCUUCCUGAUGCACGACGACACCCUGCGAAGAACCACCAAUGUCGCUGACGUUUUCCCCAACAGAACGCACCAAAACACCUGCAUGUUCACUUGGCCCGAAAUACAACGGCUAAACGCCGGCGAGUGGUUCUUAUCUAGGGAUCCGUUCGGAAGUGCGUCUUCCCUGAGCGAGGUGGACCGCCAGCGGGCCAGGAACCAAUCCGUUCCCUCGUUGGCCGACUUCCUGCAGGUGGCGUCGCGAAGCGGCCGACGCGUUAUCUUUGACCUGCGCCAGCCGCCUCCGGGGCAUCCUUACAAUGCCUCGUACGUCAACGUCACUCUGGAAGUGGUUCUGACCCACAUCAACUCUUCUCAGGUUCUCUGGCUACCGUCUGAAGACAGGGAUGUGGUUCAUGCCACCGACGCCGAGCUGCGGCAGACGUCGGGAGAACGCCUGUCCAUCACGGAGCUGACAGACGAGCACAUCACAACCCUCAAUCUGCACUACAGCAGCAUGUCGCAACAACAGAUCAGCAAAUACGCCUCAGCGAAUAUCAGCACCAACCUGUUUGUGAUCAGUCAACCGUGGCUCUACGCGCUGGCAUGGUGCGCCGGGGCCGACUCGGUCACCACCAACGCCGUGCACGUCCUGGCCAAAGUCCGCAUGCCCCUUUUUCUCAUGACCCCCGAGGAAUACAACUUAAUGUGGAUUCUGACUGACGUCGUCUCUGCAAUCCUCAUCAUCUCCAUUUUCAUUUUCCAUUGGUGGCGAGAGAGAGGUCUCCCCUUCCUGUCCGGCAGUCGCCGGACUCACAAGAACGGACCGUACAGCAAGUUUCGAACAGACUCCUCCGACGAGGCCUGCAUUCGCUGGAGUCCAUCCAAUGGAUCACUCAUCUCCCUUCCAUUGGUCUUCCACAUAUCACACCCCUCAUGAUACCCCGCAUAGCUGGGUGACGUCUGGUCCAUCUCCAGCGUCAACGCACCUGUGGACCAGCGUAGCGCCCCAACGUCACCCACGCACCCUCAUUUGCCCACCAUCAUCGAGGAGUGAUGACAACAACGUUAGCCGAAAUAUGCCCGGUUUGGAAAUUUAGACUGUUUUUACUUUCUACAUGUUUUAUGUUGCAGCCGUAGCGAUGGGUGAUAUAUUUCACAAAAAUGUAAAUUUUUAGUCGUCAAACAGAUUAGAAUUUUGUGCGAAUAAUCCUUCCUGUUUAUACAGUGUAUCACAAAAGUGAGUGCACCCCUCGCAUAUCUGCAGAUAUUUAAGUAUAUAAUUUCAUGGGACAACACUGACAAAAUGACACUUUGACACAAUGAAGUAGUCUGUGUGCAGCUUAUAUAAUAGAGUUCAUUUAUUUUCCCUCAAAAUAUAGCCAUUAACUCAUUUGCUCCCAGAAACGUAUAAAUACGUUGUUUUUAAAUGCUUCAUUGUCCCAAAAAUGUAUUUAUACGUCUUUUGCGUUAAAAAAAUUUUUUUUUUAUAAGAAGCAUAUGGCGGAAAACACUCAGGUGUCUUGAAGUUCCGCUCUGGACCCCCAAUCUAGCCAACUUUCAAAAUUGUCCGAUAUGCACGUGUGAUACAUCAUUGGAAAGCUUAAAAUCUCAAUUUUCUGGGGGAAGAAAAAUUUUGAACAGGAGGGCAUUUAAAAAAAAAAAAAAGUUUAAACAGCAAAAUCCUAUCUGGAGAUGAGAGCAUGCGAGAGCAGAAUUACAGACGCCAUGAGUUCAACAAGAUAUUAUCGCGUACUGACCUUGUUUCGAUCCAAAAACUCCAUGUAGCAUGUAUCACUGAGUGUCAAGACAGAGCUGUGAAUUGCCACAGCUGAAUUUUGGGGGAAUUUUUUGGGUGAAACAUGGUAAUAUAACAAGGGUCGCGAUGCAGAAAUCGCAGACGUCAAAGAGAGGUCGAGAGGUUCUUUUUCAUACCCUUUUAAACGUUUUUGUUUUCCAAUAUUUUUUAAUGUUUGGAUCAAUUAUUUGUCAUCGAACAUAUGGGGAAAAAAUGUGACAGAAACAAAAAAAAAAUACAAUUAAGCGAUAGUUAUCAGGUAAAUAUCCGUGACUUUUUUUACAGACGCCAUUUUUUUCAUUGUGACGUAAUUUGUUUAAAAGUUUAAAAUAUGCGAGUGAAUAAUUUUUUUAAGUCUUUUUUUUUUUUUAAACGAAAUAUUAGACAUCAAUUAAUGAAUCUACACUAAAAUAACAGACAUUUUGAAUAAUAAAUAUAUUUAAUUACCUUCGUUUUAUGGCUGUGUUGAAACAAAAGCGGUUGUGCGACGUCUGUAAACGGGGGUUUUCAGGGUAAAACGGGCAAAUUAAAAAUAGUUCGGGGGCCUAAUGCGCCAUGAAUCUGCUAUGGUAGCAUAUAGACAUAUUGUUCUAUCAAACACAAGAGUUGUUUUGUUUUUCCGCUCUAUCUGAGAAACAAAGAACAAAGCUCCAAACCCAUUUUAAAGCAAUAAAACUGGCCACUGGAGGGCGGUAGCACAUUUUGUAAGACCAGGCAACCCGAUUCAACAGCAAUGAGCAGCACGGUCAGAGCGCUGGCAGCAUGAUGCCAGGCGGCGCUCCGACUGAACAAAACAACCGAGUGGACUCCUGGGAGGCCAGGCGCUGGACGACCAAGCAAAACAAGUGGGACCCCCAGUGCAGCGGCUCGCCGAACAAAUCCCGCAGAAACGCAAAAAUACUUGGGGGCCAGACAACGAUGAGGGAAAAGUUUACACGGCUGACAUGGCGACAAUGGCGUCAUCUCGGCGACAAACCGUCAUCUCUCAGUAGUCAUGUGUGAAUAAAUUGUUACUUUGCUAUCAACAACUGUAUUUGUCUGGUUGUUCAUAGUAUUUUGUAAAAGGAAACAUUAUUCAGAUGUUUGGGAUGUAACUAAUGCAAAAAAUAGCUUGGAUAAAGUCAAAGUUAUGUUUGAAAUGUAUGCGUUUACAAAAAGUUCAUCUUCUCCGUUUUUUCAUCAGAAAUUGGAAAAUUGCUCAAACUAAGCUAUUUCCUAAUGCUGAUUUCUAAAGAAUGGAAAAAGAUAUAUACAGUGGUACCUCUACAUACGAUCGCUUCGACACACGAACUUUUCGACAUCCGACGUAAAAUUUGACUCGCCAUUUGUUUCUACAUCCGACGACAUGCUCGAAAUACGACGACAAUGGCAGCACCGCAGACGAAUGCACGGCGGAUUUUCUUGUGUGACAAAUCAACACUGGUUUCAGAAAAGGUUGGUACAGGUGGUGAAACAAGGAAAAAGUUGACACUUACCUUCUAAAUGAAGAUGCAAAUGACAGAAAAAUAUGAGCGUAGGGUGGGCAUCCGUGAAAUGGCUCAACAAUACAUCUCCACGGUCCUCCUCCGACCAUCGUUCGCCAGUCUUUAUAAGUUAAGCUGACAAUUCUUAUUGUGGUAACAUCUCCAGAGAAAUCGCCAACUUCGCCACGUUUUUAUCAUUUAUUUCACAACUUAUUCAAAACAAAAACACCUUCUGUCUGCCGCAAUUGACGGUGUUCUCAAGAAAACAUUAAAAGUGAAAGUGAAACUCAAGCUCACCGGUCUGUCUCUGGCACGUCAGCCCCGCGGUGCGUUCAGGGUCAGCAAAAAACGUCCGCCACAUUAGAACCCGAUUCGUUACAUUAAUACAGGAAUUAUUCCGAUUUUGAUUUAUAAUUUAUUUGUUUUGCUAUGUGUAAUUGCCAUUUGUAAUAGUACCAGCAGUAUUUUUUAAGGAUUUAGUGAAGGUUUUUGGGCUGUGGAACGAAUUAAUGGAAUUAUAAUGUAUUCCUAUGGGAAAAUCCUGCUCGACAUACGACCAUUUCGACUUACAAACAAGGUCCUGGAACGGAUUAACUUCGUAUGUAAAGGUACCACUGUACUUACUUUUUUCUGCUGAAAGAAGAGACUCUAAUCUUUCUUUUGGUGGGUUCCAUGUUUAUAUAGCAAUAGAACGGAAUUUUCUGUGGGCCUUGCAAAAUCAGUCAAAAUCCAGAAAAACGGCCGGGAGCCAAGGGCCUUGCUCUGGUGAAAAUGGCUGGGAGUGAAUGAGUUAAUAUCUAAACCCCUGGCAACAAAAGUGAGUACACCCCAGGAGGAAGCCUCUUCUGACAGCCAUGUGCACCAAUUUGAUGUAGAGUGCGGUAUAUGGUCUGAGCACUAACCGGCUGACCCCCCCACCUCUUCAAUCUCUGCAGCAAUGCUGACAGCACUCAUGUAACGAGUCACAUGGCAUUCUGGAGGGAAAAUGACAAGCAGUACUCAAUUUGGACAUUCAGGAAUGUACAUUUUUUUCAAAGGGGUGUACUCACUUUUCUUGCCAGGGGUUUAGAUAUUAAUGGCUAUAUUUUGAGUUAUUUUGAGGGGAAAAUAAAUUAACUCUAUUAUAUAAGCUGCACACAGACUACUUUUCAUUGUGUCAAAGUGUCAUUUUGUCAGUGUGUCCCAUGAAAAGAU